AUGGCAGUCACCGUUCUCCUCGACUCGGAUCCUCUGCUGCGCUCAGUCGUGUGUUUCGUACGGCAAUACAUGUCACAAAAUGACGCCUCCCACAACUUCGAACACAUACAGCGUGUAGUCAACCUCUCGCAAUAUAUCUACUCGCACUCGGCAGAACCACUGUGCCAACACCUCGACAUCAGACUGAUCACCCUCUCGGCGCUCCUCCACGACGUCGGCGACAGGAAAUACUUGAAAUCGGGGGAAGACCCCUUCACGAUGGUGUACACGCUCCUCCGGACCCUCGGCGCCCCGGAGGACCUCGCGGCGCGCGUCCAGGCGAUCUGCCUGGGCGUGUCGUAUAGCUCGGAGGUCAAGGACCCGGACCGCACGCGCCGGCUCAUCGGGAUGCACCCGGAGCUGGCGGUCGUGCAGGACGCGGACCGGCUGGACUCGAUCGGGGCGAUCGGCGUGGGGCGGUGCUUCACGUUCAGCGGGGCUCGGACGGACUCGUCGAGCAUGGAGGAGGCGAUGGGGCAGGUCGAGACGAGGCUGCUGCGCGUGGGCGAGAUGAUGAAGACGGAUGUCGGCAGGAGGCUGGCCAAGGAGAGGAGUCGGAGGCUGAGGACGUUUAGGGACUGGUGGAGGGAGGAGGAGGGCGUGGUUGGGAUGAAUGGGGGUUGUUUCUGA